UUUAACGAUUAACGACAGAAUUAGACAGUAUUAAAUCUCCCUCCUCUCUCUCUCUCUCCCUCUCUCUCUAUAACUCUCCUGCAAGAUUUCUCUCUCAUUGGACCUCAGAAGAAUCCCAAUCCCAAUCGAAAUCUUGUCGAAACCCUAAUCUCACUCUUCAAUCGAUCCAUUGAAUGCCCUUGGAUCUGACAAGAUUCGGGAGGAUCGGCGGGAGUUUCGGUCGUCGAAGCUUAGAUCUAGGGUUCGAUGAUUGCCUGACAUUGGGGGCGGGGAUUUGGAAAUCCAGCGUUUGAUGAUUGCCUGAGAUUGGGGACGAUAAAGAGGGGAGAUGAGAGGGGAGGUCGAGGGGGUAAAGGGACAAUGACUGGGGGGUCAUUGGGGCUCCGAUCAGGGAGUUAUGGGUCAUUGCAGCAAGUGCAUAAUUCGCUCUGUUCAGUCUCCACAUUGCCGAUCACUUCGACGCCGGUUUCAGUUCGGAAGAAUUCGAAGAUGCUGUUGCCAGGAUCAAGAGAGAAGGAGAGGAGAUUGUCGGCGAUCUUUAAGAUUGCGAGCAGAAAGAAAGUUGGGAUGCUUUUGCUGCUCAUCAUCACGUCGAUUGCCGUUGUGUUGUCCUUCUUCUUCGCUGUCAGUAGAGAUGUAGACCAGCCAGCAGGUCCCGAGACUGUCGUAGGUUAUUCAGAUCAUGUAUGGAAUCUUGUAAACCGUGGUAGGAUGUCAUCACAUUUUCUCAGCCCUCCCCCAGUUCCUGCAAUAGAACAAAUUCAACAGAAAGAGAAUAUAAUGCCAGUGCCCAAUAUACAACAUGCUAAGGUUAUGAAUACCACCCUUCUUCCGUUUUUUCAUCCACUGCCUAUUCCAUCACGUCAUCCUUGUGAGAAUUUCUCACUUCCUCCUUCACCAGUCAAUCCAAAGCGUACUGGUCCCCGGCCAUGCGAUGUUUGUUAUGUCCCUGUGGAUCUCGCCAUGUCUUAUAUGCCAACUUUGCCAUCAGCAUCGCCUGUUCUUAAGAAUUUGUAUUAUGUUUCGGAAGAGAACCUAGUGGCAAAUGAGUCUAAUGGAGGAUCUAUAUUUGGGGGUCAUCCGUCUUUGCAGCAGAGAGAGGAGUCUUUUGACAUAAAAGAGACGAUGACUGUGUACUGUGGAUUUGCUAAAGGAAAGAAACCUGGUCAAGGGACUGGGUUUAACAUAGACGAGGCUGAUCUUCUUGAGAUGGAACAAUGUCAUGGUGUAGUCGUCGCCUCAGCUAUAUUUGGAAAUUAUGACAUUAUGCAACAGCCAAGAAACAUUAGCGAAGCUUCAAAACAAACUGUGUGUUUUUUUAUGUUUGUGGAUGAAGAAACUGAAGCCUCUAUAAAGAACUCUAGUUCUCUCGAUAAUACAAGAAAAAUUGGCCUAUGGAGAGUCGUAGUUGUUCGUAAUCUUCCUUAUUCUGAUGCAAGGCGCACUGGGAAGGUUCCUAAACUUUUACUUCACAGACUUUUCCCUAAUGCUCGAUUUUCUAUUUGGAUUGACGGCAAGCUGGAACUUGUGGUGGACCCCUAUCAAAUUCUGGAAAGAUUCUUGUGGCGGAAUAAUGCCACCUUUGCAAUCUCCAGGCAUUAUAGACGCUUCGAUGUAUUUGAGGAAGCAGAUGCUAAUAAAGCUGCUGGGAAAUAUGACAAUGCCUCCAUUGAUUAUCAAAUAGAGUUCUAUAAAAAGGAGGGUUUGACUCAUUUUUCUCCAGAUAAAUAUCCUAUUACCAGUGAUGUUCCUGAAGGAUGUGUGAUCAUCAAAGAGCAUAUUCCCAUUACUAACCUCUUCACCUGUCUGUGGUUCAAUGAAGUCGAUCGUUUUACUUCCAGGGAUCAACUGAGUUACAGCACGACAAGGGACAAGUUAAGUUCUAAAACAAAUUGGACACCAUACAUGUUUAUGGAUUGUGAAAGGCGCAACUUUGUUGUUCAGGCAUACCACAGAGACUUGUUAGAGCAAAGACGUGCAGCCCAAAAUCAACAUCCACCACGAAGUCCUAUUAAUGAACUACCAAGUCCGGUUAAAGAACUACCGAGGAAAUCAACAUCUGAAGAGGUUCACAAUUUAGAGAAAUUAGUGACAACACCAAAAUCUACAUCACCUAGAAAGCAAUCAUCCAGGCGUGGAAAGGGUAGAUCAGGUUCCAAAAGACAUCGUCUCAAAGGAGCUGCCAGUAUACGAGACCCCAAUUCAUUAUAAAAUUUUGUCAAUUUUCCAUUUUUUCCCACUAGUAAAUCAAAAAAUUUUCAUUGUGGGGCGGGGAGUAAUUGUUUUAUUGUUGGUGUUCAUUUAGGAAGAACAAUGCUCUAAUUUUUUGUCAGAAAUUGUUAUUAGUUAUAUUCAUUUUUGCUGUAUAUAACCUACUAAAAAUAAAUAGUGUAUGAGCUGUUGUGUUCCCCCUAAAACCUAAAGUCUUCGUCAAUAUCAAUUAUAUGGAAACAAAAGAAAGCAUUUGAUUAUUC